GUACAUUGCCUGUAGAGAUCUCUAUGCUGAAGGUGAAAGUCAUUGAACUGGACCAGAACCUACUCGGCCCAAAGCUGCCUGAAGAGAUCUUUUCUGGUCCAGUGUCGGACAGCCUGGAAGAGCUGGUUCUCACCAACAACCGCUUGGAGGAGCUGCCAGUGUCGGUUGGCGCUCUUUCAAAGCUG